GAGCCACUCUGCGGCAUUACCCAACACUGCCGCAUUAAACUACUCUAAACUAAUUUUGUUGAUAACGAAACUAGAGGCUGAAUUCAUAGCAUAGCUGAUCGGCCAGCAAGCAGCCAUGUCUAUAGAUCCCAACCCGAUCCCAGAGCAGUGCAGCAAUUGCGGAAAGGCGAGCACAAAGGAACAGCCCUGCCAAUCUUCGGAUACCGCCACCAACGCUGGCUGCGGCGAUGCUGAAACACUGUGCGGGGACUGUGCGUCUGCAAAAGAAGGGAUUAAUAAAGGAAAACCACUCAAAUUAGAAACAAUUGAAAAAAGUGUUCUGAUGAACGUAAACGUAGAUGCACCCACGGCCGAACCAGUGCCAACAACAGAAGAGCCGGACAACCCACCGCCACCAGGACCAAGCCAGCCAGAGGAAAGCCCGAAGCGGCCCACGACGUUCGCCAAAGCUGCGGAACCAGACGCCAAACCACAAAGGAAGCCAGUCAGCUGCCAUGACCCUCCUACCAAAAAUGUUGUGAAGCAAGCCGAUGCCCCCCCAGCAAAAGUAUCGAGCGCCAAAGGCAUGCCAGCCGAGACCGACGGAAAAGAGAAGAGCAAGGAGGAGGUUGUGCAAGCCUUGCCAGAGGCCACACUUUCCAGACCCACGAAACGCGGAGGAAAGAUCACGAGGAGCAGCAUCAAUGGAACGCCAUCAAUGGCAACCACUCCCGGAAAUCAGACGCCCACAAUAAUGAAGCGCCUGCGCAAGAGUACGCGGGCCACUCGCUUUAAGGCGAAGCUGACGGGACGCUCGGGCGUUGGAGGGAAUGGCGGACAGGCCAAUGGGUACAAUGGCAGCCCCAACGGACCUGGUUCCACAUCUCAUCCGUUCGGAACCGGAUCGCAUACGGGUAACACCAAGGCGCAUGGCAAGACUGGCGCGGGUAGCGCCGGCGGCACACAAGGAGCCAGAAAUAGGCGAGCAAUCUUCAAGCGCCCGGUCCAGAAGACGCCCAAGGUGCAGGCUUGCACCAAGUUCGUGAAAAGUGUGUUCUACAAGGGCAGCUACAUGCAGAUCGGUGAUAUCGUGAGCAUUGUCGACGGCCAACAAAAGCUGUACUACGCCCAGAUCCGCGGUCUGCUGGUCGACGCCUACUGCGAGAAGUCGGCCUUCCUCACCUGGCUAAUACCCACUCAGGACAGUCCCGAUCCACAGGACUGUUUCGAUCCGGCCACCUACCUAAUCGGGCCCGACGAGGAACUCUCGCGCAAACUCUGCUUCCUGGAGUUUGUGAUGCAUGCACCGAGUAACUACUACUACGACCGCAGCACGCCGUUCCCCCUGCCGGACAUCGACGAGUACACAGGACAGCGGUCUGGUGGCUAUAUUUGGACGCGGCUGCCAGUCGUCAAGCGGGACCGGAACGAUAACCGUGCUCGGGAACCGGGAAACAAGAGUGCUGCCUCCUAGCAGGGCCGCCAAAAGCAAAAGCGGCAAACGACCAAGAAGAAAAAGAAAAAAGCGGCUGCCCAACAAAAGGGCGGUUAAAAAUGCGGAACGGAACCUAAAUGCAAAAUUUUUAUAAUCUAAUUUAUUGAGAGAAAUAUAUCUACAAAUCUGUGUAA